CUGGGGGUUUAAGCAAAUGUUGGGUGGUUUUAGGGGGUUUUGCAAUCAGAAGGAAAGAGAAAUAGAAAAGAGAGAGACAAAAUGAAAAUGGGUAGCGUUUGAAACUAUGUUUUUCUUGAGAAAAUAUGGGAUAAAAAAACGAGAGAUUCCGAGGAAAAAUGGGGGAAAGUGGUGCGUGAAGGGUUAAGGAUUUGUGUUUUCUUCUUUGAUCUUUGAAUUUGCCUCAAAAUUUUCAGAAUUUCGCUUUCUGAGGCAUAAAAGUUUGCAUCUUUCAAUCCAAAUAUCGUUGUUAAGAGAUAGGCAACCGUGCGGGGCCUUUGAGAUUUCUAUUUUCUUUUUCUGUCACGAAGCUUUAGAAGGUUAAAAGGAACGAUCUUUUGUUUGGUGCUGGUUGAUGGGUUUCACUGUAGCAUUUCAAAUUGUUUUGCUAGCUUUUGUGAGCUUUAGUGAUUUCUGCCUGUGAUGAUUCCUUCUUGGUAUGAUCUCUGAGAUAUGGUGUUGCAGAAGAGGUUAGAUUAUGGAUUCAAUGGCUAUCAGGUUCCUCCGACACCCCGUGCUACUAGAUCAGCCAGGAGGAGGGGCUCCUUUAAGAAGAAAGCUGGAGAGAGGCAAAUGUGUGCAUUUGACUUAUUGGCCAUUGUUGCUGGAGACUUAUUGCUUGAGAAAGAAAGUACUCCCAGUUCUAGUAAUACCUCAGCUGACAAAAAUCAGUUUAUGGUUGUCAAUAAUACUGUAAAAAGUGAACAAGAAGACAAUGAAAAGAAUAUGAAAGUUGAAGCUCGAAAUCAAGGAAGUCCUGCUAGUAGCUUCUUUAUUUCUGAGCUUGUCUCACGUGGUAAUGAACAAAAACAGUAUUCCAAAGAAUCUUUGCAUGCUGACAAUGAUCUCAAUUUAGGAUUAGCUUCUGUAGUAGCUACUUCUGACUGUGAAGAAAGGUUUAAUGCUGAAAAGAUGGUGAAUGGCAAAAGUAAGAAUGCAGUGGGAACUUUUCCAAGCACGAUAGAGGUAGGCUCCUCUAGUUUUAGGGGGUUUGAUGAUUGUAAACGAGAGGGUGAAACUAAAAAACUAGUAAAAGAUGAGCCUAAUAAAUCUGGGAAGGUGCUAAAUGGCCCUGCAGCUAACUUGUGCAGUUUUGAGGAUCCAGUAGUCUGCGAUGGGAAAUCUACUGCAAUUGUAAGUUCAGAUAGUAGCACCAAGGUUCCUUUAUAUGGGAAUCAGAUUUCCCAUUGUUUUUAUCCCAUGAAUGGGGAUGAUGUAAAUGUAGAUAGUAGAGAUGAUGACGAAAACUCCUCUGGGUGUACUCACCCUAACACAGCCAAAAAAUUCUUUAGGACGGCUCCACGCAUUGGAGAUCGACGGAUAAGGAAAAUUUUGGCUUCUAAAUACUGGAAAGUAGCUCCAAGGUUGAAGGAUGGAAUGCUUUCUAACACUGAUGGUGGCGACUCGAAGCCUCUUUACCACAAGAGGAAAAAUUAUUACAAAUAUCAGCGAUCUGAAAGAUUAUACCCUUUCAAAAAGAGGAAACACUUCGGUUAUGGUUCACAAUCAAAUUCUGAAGAAGGAAUUAGUAGUGAAUUUGUCUCCAAUUCACCUCAGAAGGGAAGUGCUAGAGAUGCUGUUGGUUCCUAUCUAAAGAUGCAUGGAGGUCUUUUUUCUUCUUUGCUAACUCAAAUAUUUAUUUUUGCUAUCUAUAAUCUUUUGCUGAGUAAUCCUUAUAAUGCAGCUACUGGGGCCUCAUCUUCUGUUGGAGGUCAGCAAAAUUCAUACCAACCUAGGGAUUCUCAUGUGAAGCUUAGGAUAAAGUCUUUCAAGGUACCAGAGCUAUUUAUUGAGAUCCCAGAAACUGCAACUGUUGGUUUAUUGAAGAGGACUGUUAUGGAAGCUGUGAAUGCUAUACUUGGAGGUGGAUUAUGCAUUGGCGUACUUCUUCAAGGAAAGAAGGUUCGGGAUGACAAUAAAACUCUAGUGCAGACUGGCAUUUGUCACAAUAAUCAAUUGGAUGCCUUGGGUUUUAGCCUAGAGCCUAAUUCUUCUCGAAAUCCCCCUUCUUUGCACCCUCGAGAUUCUCCAUUUCUGUUACCCAGUGACACAACACAGCCUAUACGGAGGUAUCUACCUGCUCCAAAUGCUGCACAUCAGGCAACUUGUGCUACUUCUCCUGAGCCUCAUGGUGCUAAUUUAGGGAAUUUCAUUGAAAGCGACCAUGAUUCAGCACCCUCGCCUACAGAUAUGUCCAUUGACAAAGUCACAACAGAUUCAAAAGCUCUGGUUCCUGUACCAGAAAUGAACAUAGAGGCGCUAACGGUGGUUCCCGGACAUCGAAAAUCUAAGCGAUCUGAGAUCGUGCAGCGCCGAAUUCGUCGACCUUUCUCUGUCUCUGAAGUUGAAGCAUUGGUGCAAGCAGUUGAGAAACUUGGAACUGGAAGAUGGCGUGAUGUCAAACUACGUGCUUUUGAUAAUGCAAAGCACCGGACUUAUGUGGAUCUGAAGGAUAAAUGGAAAACUCUUGUGCAUACGGCAAGAAUAUCCCCUCAACAAAGGAGGGGAGAACCUGUCCCUCAGGAAUUAUUGGACAGGGUCCUAACUGCACAUGCAUACUGGUCCCAACAACAAGCCAAGCAACAACUCAAACACCAGCAACAGGAGACUUGCGUUGUCGUGUGAGAGCUCCUCUCCCUCUCUCUCUCUCUCUCUCUCUCUCUCUCUAUACGCAUAUAUAGACCAAAAGCUCGUGAAACGCAUGUUUAUGGAGAAACACACAGACUAGUGGGGAUUUAGAGAGAUUUUCUGUGUAUUUUUGUUAUUAUUGUGUAAAAAAAAUGUUCAUGACAAGGGAGGAAUAGAAAGUCCUGAAAGAAUUCUUGAAUGUAAUAUUUUCUUGCUCUCGCCGUGAUUCUUUUCCAGCUUGGAGAGAUGUAUGGCAUUUGUAAAUGGUGAUGAUGGAAUAAGAGCCUUCGCUAACGGAGAUUGAUUGACAACAGAAAUGUUUUUCAUUUUUGUUUCAAUCUUCAGAUCGAUUCUUUUUAUUUUUA